GAAGAACUGUAUUACUUAACUUACCGAAAGCAGUCAAGACAGAUUCUGUGUAAACUUUGGUCUUAAGCGAGAAACUUACAAUCGGUUCUGUAAUCAGCAGCCUUUAGCUUCGUUUCGAUUUCAUGGAGUUCAUUGUUGAACAAGGAAAGCGAGUCCAUGAAGAAUGCUCCACUUUGAUUCUCCCUGCAUUGUCAAUUGGGAACGUAGGGCAGCUAGCUGUUGAUCUUCUAGUGUCAUCUACUGCUGCAGAGAGAGUUGGUUAUCUCGAUGAUCCUAAUCUCCUUCCUUGUGUUGGCAAUGACGCUUAUAGCCCUCUUGGUGAUCUUGCUCUUCCUCUCGAGGUGUAUGAGUCAUCUUCAAGUGCUACUACUCUUGCUCAGCAACGGUCUCCUGUUGCAAAGGGAAUGAUGAUUAAAUUUGCGGAGAAUAUAGCAGAGUUUGCUGCUACAAGUGGAAAGAAGGAUGUUAUUGUGCUUUCGAGUUUAGACUUCCAAAGGCUGCACAACUUGGAUAUGUCAAGAGGCCCACAGGUGUAUUAUCUGUCUAACUUGGAAAAUGAUGGAAGAGAUGAGCACUGUGAAAGGCUCGGUUUUGGAAGAUUGGGUGAGUAUGAUCCAGAAGGAAGAUGUUGGAAGUAUCUUAGCUCUGUCUUUGAGAAGAAUAGUAAAGAAGAGCUGACUUUCCCUUCAGAAGAUGAGCUUGAAGACAUAGACUACUACCCAAGCUUACCAUUUGCAGCUCUUUUCUCAGCUUUUAAGGCAAGAGGCUUGAAGGUGACAUGCCUGCUUUGUUACUGUUCUGAAGGAGACAACAUUCCUGAUGCAUUCCUUCUAGCAGAGGCUGCAUCUAAGCUUACGGGUUUAAGUCCUGACAAGUUCCAUGGGGAAGAAGGUGGAAAAUGGCGGAUACCAUAUUCGUGGAAGAGUAUGUAUGGAGCUCCUCCAGAUAUGUCCAUGUUUUAAGGCUGUCCCUAGAGCUCAUAAAGUCAAACAGAGGAUGUAGUACUACAAGUGUGAAACAAGGAAGAGUUUAUGAACAUUUGAGAUGUAUUAAUUCCAGAGAGACACCUCUUUUCUUGUUUUUUUUUUCAUCAUCAAAUCUGUCUACUCGAUAGCAAACUUAUGAAGUAUAAUUGCUUUGCUAGAAUGCCAUAUCCCGUGAAAGUAAU